AAUGUCAAAAGUCAGUCAGUCAGACAAGAAGCAAGGCAAAAGUGCAUAAAGUUGAAAAAAAAAGAAAAAUUCGCACAUUUAUUUCUCAUGCCGGUUAAGGUGUUCAAAUUAUAAAUGAUUUAUAAAUAAAUCAAUUUCAACAAAUCUGCAAUUAAUUGUUCAGCAAUGGCACAACGAAGUUUAAUAAGUUUCGUCAAAAAAUGCGGAACCAAAUCGUGUACAAAUCUAUGGCAGUCCCAACAGCAGUCAUCGUUGAAUAAUCAUGAAGUAAAAUACACGAGCUGUAAUUCGAAUUGGUUUCCAAAUGCCUCUGCUGCUUUUUCUUGUGAUAACCAAUUUAUAAAUCAACGCCGUAUGUUCAGAACUCAAAGUGGAUCUUGUGCAGCUGAAAAGGAAACUAAUAAGGCUCCAAAAAUUCUAUCAAAGCUAUUUCCUCAAACUGCUGCCACAGACGACGAGGAAACUAUUCGCGAGCGCAAGCGGAAGGAGGAAGAAGAAGAAGCCAAAGAAAAUGAGAAGGCAUGGAAACAAAUGAAGUUUGGAUUUGCAGCUUUCGGUGCUUCGGCUAUAUCAUUGGCUGUUUGGGGUGUAUACGAAUUGGGCAAACCAGAGUGCGAUAUGGAAGGAAAUGUCAUCGAAGAUGAAUUCAGCAAAGAACCAGCAGUUCAACAAUACGUCAAACGAAUGUGGAAAUCCAUGAACUACUAUCAAAAAAUGAUUCAAGAGCCAUCUCGAGACAAAUUACUUCCCGAUCCUCUCAAGUAUCCAUACAUCCAACCGCCAUACACCUUAGUUCUAGAGAUGAAAGACGUUUUGGUGCAUCCCGACUGGACCUAUCAGACUGGUUGGCGUUUUAAGAAACGUCCAGGUGUCGAUCACUUCCUAGAACAAUGCUCAAAGCAUUUUGAAAUUGUCGUCUUCACUGCCGAACAGGGAAUGACAGUCUUCCCCAUCUUAGAUGCAUUAGAUCCCAAUAAUUAUAUUAUGUAUCGUCUGGUCCGUGAUGCAACACAUUUCGUCGACGGUCAUCAUGUUAAAAAUCUUGAUAACUUAAACAGAGACUUGAGAAAGGUCAUCGUUGUAGAUUGGGAUGCAAAUUCCACAAAACUCCAUCCAGAGAACACAUUUAACAUUGGCAGGUGGCUGGGCAACGAUGAUGAUGCUUCUUUGUUUGAUCUCAUCAAUUUCUUAAAAACCAUAGCAACAUCUGAAGUUGAUGAUGUACGUGCAGUCCUUACCUAUUACAAACAAUUUGACGAUCCACUGCAAAAGUUCAGAGAAAAUCAGCACAUUCUCCUGCAGCAAAUGGAGCAACAGGAACGAGAAGAACGAGAAAAGGCAAAACCAAUUGUCAAGAAAUGGACACCAAGUUUCAUGAGACGUGCAUAAACUUUAAAAAAUAGAAAGCAAAAAGCCAUUGUUAUUCUUUCAUAAAUUCAUUACACUUUUUUUAAAUUUUGUGUUUUUUAUUAAUUUUGUUAAAUAUUUGACACACGAAUUGCUCGACUUAUCUCAACUCAAGAACUUAAAUGUAAUUGAUUUGUUUUAUUAUAAGAAUUAUUUAGUUUGUGAGUUGAUUUUUCAGUGGAGUAAUUUGUUAUCAGUUUUUUAAAAAAGAUCUAAAAAACAAAAUUUAAAACAAUCAACUCAAAAUGGCGUAAAUUCCCCUACGAACGCAUUGAUUGUGCAAAAAUUUAAAUUAUGUUAAUUACUUCAGGAAUCAUUAAAAAACAAACGAAAAAAUAUA